UUGUCUCAUGGCGCUUACCUCUCGUAAGAACCAUGGCUUGUGUGUCUGUUGGCCUGUUGCAAACUGAAUCCUGUUUUCACACCUCCAUCACUAGAACACACAGCCCCUUGUGGGAUACGAUACAGCAUUCUUCAACGCUCGUAAGUGCCAGCACUGCCAAUCUCUGCCGAUCUACCUUCGGUUUUCUGACUGCAAGCGUUUGCUCUAGACACCAUCUCUACCACAGCAAUCAGAACAGCCACGAUGUCUGCCUCUGCGCAAGCUUCUUUGGUCAACGCAUCUUUUCUGGGUCCCAGAAACAUCAUGGUUUCGGGACAGGGGUAUUUCAUCCAGAUGAUAUACCCGAGUAUAACAACCAUGGAACAGCGUUUGGCCUUCACUGCUGCCUUUGCUUUCGACCACCUCGGGCCGGAUGUUGACCCUGCUUACAAGGACAGGCAAAGUUAUAAGAUCGAGAUCAUCUGGACACUCAAACCCGGUAUCAAUCAACUCAAUCAACAACUGACAAGCGAUGACCGGCGGCAUCCCGUUUGGUAUUCCGAGACCAUGAAUAAACGAAUCCAAAUCCCCGAAAACAAAUUUCGCCUGUUGUUUGCGGAGGGUGAAGCCGUGAAGACCUCGAAGGAUUACACCCCAACCCCUGGCUUAACUGGCCAGACUGUUGUCGCGCUUUUUCCAUAUGGAAUCCCCGCCCCUCGCCUACUGGACACCCUUUCGAACGAGGUCAAGAGAGAAUCCUAAAGGGCUAACUACCCGGAAUUUCACAGUUGGAUCGACGGGAAAACCAACGAGUGGUCGAUAAACACUUGGGCACAGCGAUUGAGACAAUUCAAGUAACAAUCAACAAUCAACAAUCGAUUGUAAGCAAAGCAAAGCAAUCGAGCAGUAACCCCAAGCAAGCCGGCCGGGCCCAGAUUGUCGAUUGUUUGGCAAAGAUUGCGUACCAUGGUACAUAACAUUAGAAGGGGUCGAUUUUGGCUGGGAAUCUCGGUCUUGUACAUGACAGGGGCCUCGUUCAAACGCUGAGUGAAAACUCUGCUUCCGACGGCCCGCUGAGAAGCCUUGUGAUAGCCUCGUUUUUUAUUCUGGUUUGGUUUCCUAUGUGUACGCUAUGUAAUGGUGUCGAUAUGGCUGAUAGAAGUGUGUAAAUACUGGUAUGCCGAGACCAGAAAAAAGGUAUUAUCCGCGAUUGCAAAUAUAAUAAAGCAAUUCAAUCGGGCUGUGAAA